AUGAUUCAAACUGUUACUCGAGAUAAAUUGUUCCCAGCUGAUAAACCUGUUGAUUUAGAAGAAGAAUUUGGGGUUGAAAAAAUUGGACCUAAUUUAUACAAAGGGAAAAAACCAAUAGCAAAACCAGAUAAACGGUCCAGAGGUGCAUUUGGUGGAUUUUUAGCUGGACAAGCCAUAGUGGUGGCAAUAGAGUCAGUUCCCAAGGAGUUCAAGCCACACCUGUUUCAUUCGUAUUUUGUGAAAGCUGUUGACGACUUGGUACCUUUGGAAUGGACCGUUGAAGAGAUUUCAAAUGGUAGAAAUUAUGCCAACCGCUCAAUCAAAGCCUACCAAUACGGAGAUAUUGUUUACACCGCCAGUGUGUCUUUGACGAAAAAGAUUUCUGCUAAAAAGGCUUUAGAAGAAACCGGGGUGAAGCCAUUUGAAUUUCAAACACCAAAGCAUGAAUGGUUUAAUAAGCAUAAACUCGAAGACUUGCCAGUGGCGGAUGUCAAUUCCAGACUUUUGGCAUAUCAUAAGUUUUUCCCCGAAGUGGUGUCAUUGGAAGAUACCAGAGAAGAAGAUAAGAUAUCACCAGCAGAGAGACAAUUAAGCUGGUAUUUUAAAUGGGGUAUUGAAAAUGAGGGUGAUUUCCACCAGCCUUUGGCAAACUUGAAUUCCAAAUACCAGUUUGUUGGUAUGGCUUCAUUAACAGACACAGUGUACUUGACAAGGUUGUUGAGAAUUUUGAGGAUUGAGGAUGCGGACCAUAGUCAAUUCAUACAUUAUUUUUCAGUUUCAUUAGAUCACACAAUAUACUUUCAUGAUGAUGAUUUUGAUGUGACCAAGUGGAUGUCCUUCACAUUCAAAGUGACGAGAUUUAGUCACAAUCGUGCAUUGUGUCAAGGUGAAGUAUAUAAUGACAAAGGUGUUCAUGUGGCUACUAUUGUUCAGGAAGGAUUAGUAAUGCUUAAUGGUCUUGAGGAAGGUGCUAAGUUAUAG